AUGACCCCUACAACCCCUUACUCUCCUGCGCCUCCAAAGGGUGAGAUCACAGCAACUAAAGAGGAACCUGCUUUAUCUUGGGAAACAACUAAAGGAAACCCAAAUGGUGUGAAGGGGAACACUGCUUCUACCCCUUUGAGGCCAACUUCAUAUCAGAAUUUAUCUUUCAAUCCAAAUGGAACCUAUGGAAGAGGUUUUUGCUGUUUGCAGCCUCAGGUAGAAGUUAAGAGUUUUCCAGCAGAAGCAUUCAAUCCUCUUGCUUGCAAUACUGAUGGUACUUACAUAGUAGGAGGAGGAGUUUCAGGUCAUAUUUACUUGUGGGAGGUUGCAACUGGUCGAUUAUUAAAGAAAUGGCAUGGUCACUAUAGGCCUGUUACUUGCUUGGUCUUUUCUAAUGAUCAGUCACUUUUGAUUUCUGGAUCUGAGGAUGGAACUGUUAGAGUCUGGUCACUUCUGAUGAUAUUUGAUGAGGAAGGACAACAGAGAGCAGGACAUCUGUAUGAAUACAGUUUCACUGGUCAUGCUUUACCUGUAACUGACAUUGUCACGGGCUUUGGAGGAUCCAAUGCAAUUAUCUGA